CCUCCGCCGUGCAGAGCUCGUCCUCGCCCCUCACCCGCUCGCGCUCCCCCGCCGCAGGAUAAUGGGCAUUGGUCCCCUCCUCGACCCACGCACACACCCACUCGCCCUCGCUCUCGCACGCUCAUAGUCGAUCCUGCGCCGCUCCUCCCACCACCGAGCGCGCCCGCCCCGCUCCCCGACUCCUCCUCGCCCCAUGACGCCAAACCCCGCCCUCAGCUAUUCCAUCACCGCGUCCGUGCCUUCUCGAACCGCCUCCGCCUCCGCCCGAGACCCCGCCCCAACGGCGCCCCCGCCAAAGCGGCGUCGCACCCACCAUGCGGACGACGCCGGGCCCGCCCUCCGGCCCCGGCAGACGAUAGUAGACCAGGACGCGGUCGAGGCCGCCAAACAGAAAUGCGAGAUCGACUCUGGCAACGACGUCGUCUCCUGCUUCCCGACCGGCGGCGAGUCGUUCCCCCAGCACGAAUGGGCCACCUUCGUCUGGAACUCGCGCCGGCCCCAGAUCACGCAGCAGAACCUCGUCGACAUCUUCCUCUUCCGCGCCGACUCGGGCGACCAGAUCUUGCACUUUGCCAACCAGCUCAACCCGUUCAGCUCGUUCCAGGCCGGCUCCGUCACCGCGCCCGUCAACGACUCGUGGUUCGGCGCCCAAGGCGAAAACUUUGACGGGACCAACACCUCUUUCCCCUUCUUCUGGGUCCUCGUACCCUCAGGGCAGCCCGCCAGCUCCGGCCAAUCGCAGCCGAUCUUCAGCGCCAUCCAAACGACGGUCUUGGACUCGGUCGCCUCCUCGCUCUCCUCCGCCUCCUCCCUCGCUUCGCUCUCCUCCGCCUCGGCCGCCGCGGCCGCCUCCUCGGGCACGGCGGCGAACCCCUCCGGCGCGAGCGGCAGCGGCGCCUCGACCGCCACGUCCAGCAGCGCCUCGGGCAACCUCCAGCACGGCGCGGGCGGCGGGGGCGCCUUCCCGCACUGGGCGAUCGCGGUCAUCGUCGUCCUCGGCUUUUUCGCGAUCCUCGCGAGCGUGAUCGUGGCGUGGCUGCUGCUCAGGCGGAUGCGGUCGAGGAGGCGGCGGACGAGCUCGGCGGGCCAGUCGAUGAACUCGGCGUCGCCGAUGAUGGCCGAGGCGGCGGGGCUCGCGGGCGCGGGUGCGGCGGCGCGGUCGCCGCCGACGACGGAGGAGAUGGUCGCGACGACGGAGGGCGGGGUGACGGACCCGCUCGUGCGCGCGCCGAGCACCGUGCCCGGGGACGGCGCGUCGGAGAUUUCGCGCGCGCAUUCGGAGAGCUCGGCGAGCCCGUUUAGCGGCGCGGACGCGGCGAUCAUGGCGGAGGCGUUCAGGAAGGCGCUCAGGAAGCCGGAUUUCGCGGCGCAGACGCUGGAGGAGGGCGAGAGCCCGGAUUCGUUGGGCGUCGUCGGGCCGAAGGAGGGCGAGUUGUUGAACGCGCAGUUGAAGGAAGAGGGGAGGGAUAUCAGGAGCGUGGGGUCGUCGAGGGGCGUGAGGGUGGAGAAUCUGGGCGAG